AUGGCAUCCGUCGCCCAGGUUAACCUCGCCCAUCCCCCGCGAUCCCGUCGCAGCCACCCAGACCUUGGUGUGCUCUGCCCCACCACCAUGACCACCACCACUACCACCACCAGAACGGACCCGAACCAAAACCUAAACCUGGACGCGUUCGAGUCGCAGAUGCAGGGCGUGGUACACACCCUCUCCGAUCUGAUCCGCGAACACAAGACAACCGUCCCGAACGUCAAAGAAAGCCGCGACGCGCUGGCGCAGGCCGAGGGACACCUCGCCGGCGCCGCGGAGCACGCGCGGAACAACAGGCCCACGUGGACGUCGUGCCUGUUCAGCAAGCAGGGCAAGAUCCGCGAGCGGGAGCUGAAGCUCCGGCGGUUCGUGGCGUCCGUCAGGGCCUCGUUCGAGAGUCUCGGGGGACGCUGCGGCCGGGCCGAGGAGAGGUUGGCCGGCGUCCGGGAGAGGGCGGUCGCGCUGAGCGCGCAGGUGGCGCGGGGCCCGUGGGCGGCCGUCUGCGAGAUCAAGGCGAGGCGGCUCGAGACGGAGAGGGGCGCUUCGGAGAACGAGCCGAGCAAGGCCGCGGUUCUGAGGGCGCAUAUCGCGGUGAAGUUGUCCUUGACGAAGCUUGCGGAGCUCGUCAAGGAAGUGGAGGAUGACGAGGCGAGUUUGGGGGUGGUUCGUGAGAAGUGCGCUUUUGUGGUGCGCAGGUUGGGCUUCGUCCUUGAGGAGGAGGACCUCGCGGGGUUGAUUUGGGGGUUGAAGUAUGCCGUCGAGGAUGUCCAGGCGCGGGAGGGCAAGUCGGAGAAGCAGUUGCAGGAGAAGACUGUCAUCUCUGAGAAGGGGCGGUCGAGGAGUACGUCGGAGGCGGAUACACUGUCAAGGGGAUCGUUCAUGAUGCUUCGGGGUUGA